UUUUAAAUUAUUAAUUUGCGAUUUAAAUGAUUGUCAGCAAGUGAUAAGCAUGUCGAAAAGCAAAACAGCACAUCCGAAAAUCGAUAGUGAUCGUGUAGAAAUUAAAUCAAAGUUCGAUGCGGAAUUUCGGCGAUGGUCCGUGAAACGGUCCGAGCAACAUUCGUUUGAAGAGUUCCAGUCAUUAAUCGAACGGCUACACAAGCUCGACCGCUCCCAGCUACUCGUUUCCUACAUCGAUCCGCGGGACAACGAUUUGCUACCGAUCAACAAUGACGACAACUUUGGCAGGGCCCUGACGACGGCACGACCCCUGCUGCGCGUAAUCAUACAGAAGAAAGGUGACAGUAUCGAGGAACGAACGGGGUACGGUACGAUUCGACCCAGAAAUCUCAUCAGUAGCAUUCUCGGACAAACUCCGGUAAAACCGAAAGGCUUGGCGAUAUCGAAUCCGCAUGAUUUCCGACAGGUAUCCGCUAUCAUCGACGUCGAUAUCGUUCCGGAAACAUGCCGCCGAGUACGUUUGCUGAAACAUGGCAGUGAAAAACCGUUGGGAUUCUACAUUCGCGAUGGUACAUCGGUUCGUGUUACUGCUAAUGGGCUGGAGAAGCUGCCCGGCAUAUUUAUUUCUCGCCUCGUACCGGGUGGAUUAGCCGAGAGUACGGGCCUGCUGGCAGUUAACGAUGAGGUGCUGGAGGUAAACGGUAUAGAGGUGCUAGGCAAAACGCUAGAUCAAGUGACGGACAUGAUGGUGGCAAAUAGCUCCAAUCUAAUCAUCACGGUAAAACCUGCCAACCAGCGAACCCUGGCACCACCGAGGCGUGGAUCAUUCUCGCGCAAUAGUCAGUUAUCCGGUGGGUCGCACCAGUCGCAACAUACGACGGGUUCGGACGAAAACGAUCAGGAUGACCAGGACGAGGUGGUGGACCUGAUCGAAGCGGUCACGCUUGAGGAGAGCAAUCUCAUCUCUCAAAAGGAUGGCGUGUUGCAUUUGUAGGCUCUGCCCGUGUUUAUCUACGAUACCAC